AUGGCGACGGCGCUGGGGGCAAUUGGAUCGCCAUGGUUGAGAAUUAGGAUUAUUCCGGAAGUGGCCCCUCCAAUCUUCCUCCCUCAUUCUCCAUCCUUACGCUCUAAAUAUUCCCUUGCUGAUAUUGCGUCGUCUCGUUUCCGGACAACGACAAGCAGAAGCUUUUCGAUCUCAGCAUCCGCGCCGGCCGAUUCUCCAAACAAAGUCCACCACCGUGGACAAGUCCGAGUCCGCUUUGCUCCUUCACCCACUGGUAAUCUCCACGUUGGAGGCGCCAGAACUGCUCUCUUCAAUUACCUCUUCGCUAGGUCCCACGCUGGCAAGUUCGUUCUCCGAAUUGAAGAUACCGACUUGGAGAGGUCCACCGCUGAGUCUGAGCAAGCCAUGUUACACGAUCUUUCCUGGCUCGGUCUUCACUGGGAUGAAGGUCCUGGUGUUGGUGGAGACUACGGUCCCUAUCGGCAAUCUGAAAGAAAUGUUUUGUAUAAACAGCAUGCCAAAAAGCUUUUGAAAUCUGGUCAUGUUUAUCGUUGCUUUUGUACUAAUGAGGAACUAGAAAAAAUGAAGGAGAUUGCAAAGUUAAAGCAACUGCCUCCAGUAUAUACUGGAAAAUGGGCCCAUGCCACAGAUGAAGAAGUAGAAGAAGAGCUGGAAAAGGGAACCCCUUAUACAUAUCGAUUUCGAGUGCCAAAGGAAGGGAGACUGCAAAUUCAUGAUCUUAUACGAGGAGAGGUUAGUUGGAACUUGGACACACUUGGGGAUUUUGUGAUUAUGAGAAGCAAUGGACAACCUGUUUACAACUUUUGUGUCACUGUAGAUGAUGCUACGAUGGCCAUCUCCCAUGUUAUAAGAGCAGAAGAGCAUUUACCAAAUACUCUAAGGCAAGCAUUAAUAUAUGAAGCUCUUGGAUUCCAAAUGCCUUACUUUGCACAUGUUUCUUUAAUUCUUGCUCCGGAUAGGAGCAAACUCUCAAAACGGCAUGGUGCAACUUCAGUGGGUCAGUUCAGGGAGAUGGGGUAUCUGCCUCAGGCAAUGGUAAACUAUCUAGCAUUAUUGGGUUGGGGUGAUGGUACUGAAAAUGAAUUCUUUACCCUAGAGAAUCUCGUUGAAAAGUUCUCGAUUGACCGUGUCAACAAGAGUGGGGCUGUCUUUGACUCCACUAAGUUAAGGUGGAUGAAUGGUCAGCAUUUAAAAUCUCUUUCAUCGGAGAAGUUAGCAAAACUUAUAGGAGAACGCUGGAAGAAUACUGGCAUUCUCACUGAAUCAGAGGGACUGUUUGUAGAAGAGGCAGUUCACUUGCUAAAGGAUGGAAUCGACUUGAUAACAGAUUCAGACAAAGUGCUUUCAAACUUGUUAUCUUACCCCUUGCAUGCUACUCUAGCAAGCUCAGAAGGUAAACCUGUCUUGCAAGAUGGGCUGCCCGAAAUUUCAUCUAGCUUGUUGGCUGCCUAUGAUAGCGGUGAAUUGGCAAGUGCCCUCGGGGAAGGCCACCCUGGAUGGCAGAAGUGGGUAAAGAGUUUUGGUAAAUCACUGAAACGCAAGGGAAAAUCUCUCUUCAUGCCCCUUCGGGUAUUGCUUACGGGAAAGCUUCACGGCCCUGACAUGGGGGCUAGUGUGGUUCUCCUCCACAAAGCUGGCACAUCUAAUGUUGUAUCCGAGCAGGCUGGCUUUGUGACAUUGGAUGAAAGGUUCAAGAUGCUGAGGGAAAUCAAAUGGGAAUCAUUUGAAGACCAAACAGUUUUGGAGUCUGCUGCCACUGUACCCAGCUGAGAUUUUCCUUCUUCUUCUUCUUCUUCUUCUUCUGGCUUUACCAGUACUGCGACAGGACACAUAAUAGAUCAUCAGAAGAUUUUGAUUAAUGGACAUGAUAAAGAGCAAGUUAAGUGGUAAGAGUUUUCUUGUGACAUUUGUGAUUUGGAGCAUGGUGGGCGCUUAAUUUGUGUAUAUGGUGGAGCUUAUUUCUGGUCAUGUAUGUUUGAGUGGAAUGCUGGGCGCUUAAUUUGUGUAUAUGGUGGAGCUUAUUUCUGGUCAUGCAUGUUUGAGUGGAAUGCUGGAUAAUAAACCAACUGAAAGCUGUCUUUAUAAAUGACAAAGAAGUUACUUUUAACACUAUUAUUAU